AUGGUUGAUGAUAUUGGUGUUACACGAAGUUUUAGUUCGUUAACAGACGAUAGUAGUGAUGAGGAGCUACUUUUACGUCAGAGGAAGAAACUGAAGAAGAAUAAUCAGGAUUAUUCAGAGUUCCAAGAAGGAGCUAUAAUAAAACUUAGGUUGGUUAAUUUUGUUACGUAUUCGCUGACUGAGUUUCAUCUUUCGCCUUCAUUGAAUAUGAUUAUAGGACCAAAUGGUUCAGGGAAAUCUUCGUUUGUUUGUGCGAUCUGUUUAGGUCUCGCAGGUAAACCUGAGUAUAUUGGGCGGGCCAAGAAAGUAGAGGAUUUUAUUAAGAAUGGCACAGAAGAGAGUGUUAUAGAGCUUACCGUUAAAAAUAGUAAGGCUGUUAGUGGUUAUUCAAUGAUUGGGGGUAGUGAUGAAGUUAUAAAUAUAAAGACGGUCAUUAUGAAGGCUAAGAAGAAAUGCAUUUAUUAUAUUAAUGGGCAAUCCGUAGGGGAGAAUCAAGUUAAGGCUUUAGUUUGUCUACUUAAUAUCCAAUUAGACAAUCUGUGUCAAUUCCUAUCUCAAGAAAGGGUGGAAGAGUUUGCUAGACUAAAAUCCGAUAAACUGCUAGAAGAAACCAUUAGGUCAAUUGACUCUACUCUUGUAGAAAAAUUGGAUAUGCUGAAGGAUAAACAGCAGGAAGAGGUUACUAUCGGACGUGAUGUUGAGUUGAACAAAUCAAAGCUAGAGAAGCUCAUAAUCCGUAAGGAAUCUCUGGAAAGUCAAGUCCGUGCUUUGGAAGAGUACGAGCGGAAGAAAAAUGAAAUUGAUAUUCAUAAAAAGUUGUUGCCAUACGUUAGGGUAAAGAACCACAAACUUCAGUUAAAUAACCUUAAGAAGGUUUAUGAACAAUCAAAGCAGGAACUGAAAGAUUUUUUAAAGGACAAGAAACCGUUUAAGGUAGCCAGUGAAAAGUUACAACUGUUAUCAGAUGAAUCCGAAGGAUUAAAGAAGAUCAAGGAAGAAGAAUAUAAUUCAUUGAAAACUAACCACAAAAAACUGAUAGAAACUUUAUCAAACCAAAGAAUAUCUAUUCAAGAUCUCAAGAAAAAGAUCUCUUACUACAGAAGUAGAAGGGAAAACAUGCGGAGAAAGGUUGAGAUGGCUGAACAAGAUAUUUCAUCUCGUAAUAAACUGCUAGAAACAUUAAUGCUACCUAGUCAAGAAGUAAUGGAUGAUUAUGAACGUCGUCGCGUUCAGCUCUAUGAAAAGGAAUCUGAUAUAGAAAGGAAAAUUGAGGAAUUUGAACCCCAGGCAAGAGCUUUGAACAGAGAGCUAACAGUUAUCCGGUCAAGAAUUGAAAAACGAAAGAAGGAGUUAGCUUCAAAUGAUAAUCUUCAUGUCUUGAGAGGCCAAACAGGCCGGUUAGAAGAAGUUCGAAGAGCAUGUGAAUAUAUCCUGCAGCAACCUGAGAUGAAGGGUAAGGUUUUUCAGCCUCCCAUCGUUACAAUCAAAGCUGCCGAUGUAAAAGUUGCAUCAUAUCUAACUACGUGUGUUGACUGGAAUACCUCCAUAUCAUUGACCAUGGUCGAUUCACAGGCCUAUAAACAAUUCAAUGAUAAAAUUUUGAAAAAUUUCCAGAUAAAUUUGAGAGAAUUAGCUAAUACUGAAACGCCUUACCCAUAUUCCCUCGAGUACAUAAAAAGUUUAGGGUUUGAUGGCUAUUUGUGUGAUUUUAUUACAGGCGAUAGCCAUGUCAUUCAAAUGUUGAAAGAACAGCAAAGGAUUCAUACUAUUCCAAUUUCUACAAAAAAUUUAGAUGCUCAGGUUAUAGAGGAACUGCGUAAGCCGGACCAUCGAGGACAAUUAAAAUUUAGGAGGGUAAUUGCUGGGGAUUAUGUCUAUGAUUUCAAGAGAUCUCGAUAUGGUAGCAGACAAAUAUUUUAUACUGACUUCCAAAUCAAGAAAGCACAGUUUUACAUUGGUACCGGUAUUUCCGACAGCAUGAAGCAAACCAUUGAACGUGAAUUGUAUGAGUUGCGCAUAAAUUAUCAGGGAGUGCAAAAGAACAUAGAAGAGCUUAUUGAGGGAAAGAAGAAAUACAAUUCUCCAUUGGCAGACAUCCGUCAAAAGCUUAAAGAUCUGCAGCAUGAAAUGCAUGAUCUCAAUCACAAACGCAUGAUACACUCUAGAACCACUAGCGAAAUUGAAAACAUUAAGCAUAAGCUUGAAGAAUUUAGAAGGGAUAUGAAUAAAGAUGUUUCUGAAGCUAUAGCAACGUGCGAAUCACAAAUACAACAGUCGGUAGAUGCUCAGAGCAAAUUGCUAGCUCAAAUGGUGAAGAAUCUGAAAGAUAUUCAAGAUGUACAAAAAGAGAUAACAAUCCUUGCGAUAAAGUAUAUAGAAGCAAGGAAUAGAGAAAGAUCUUUAAACGAUAUUAUUGGAUUUUUUAAUGAUAAAGAGGAAGAAUUAAGAGGCAAUUAUGAUGAAGCAAAAUCUGCAUAUGCAUCUGUUAAAGAUACUACAGAAUUUAAAAACUGGAUGAAAGAAAUACGUUCAUAUACUGAUGACGAAAGAACAGAACUUUCAGAAUGGGCCAAUAAAUAUGAGGAUGAAUCUUCAUUUACGCUGACAACGGUUUUAGAGACAAUUGCAAAGUUAGAAACUGAAAUUCAAAUUAUAAAUCAUGAUGAAUCUGCCAUAAAAAUAUUAAAACAGACCCUAAGUGACAUUAAAUAUUUGCAGGAGAAGUUGCCAGGGCAGGUAAAAAGGCUAUCAUCAAUUAGGAGGAAGAUGUGGAGCAUUCGUAGUGAAUUAGAGCCACGUCUAGAUGAAAUUGUGGAAAAUAUUUCUACAAGGUUCCGAAAAUUAUUCCUCAAUGUUGGUAGUGCUGGUGAAGUUUGUCUUGUGAAGCCAGACUUGUAUUCAGAAUGGAAGAUUGAAAUCAAGGUAAAGUUUAGAGAUGUUGCAGAGUUGAAGAAACUGGACUCUCAUAUACAAUCAGGAGGUGAAAGGGCUGUUUCUACUGUUCUGUAUAUGAUUUCAUUGCAAGAGUUUACGAAUGCACCAUUUAGGGUCGUGGAUGAGAUUAACCAAGGCAUGGAUGCAAGAAAUGAACGUAUCGUUCAUAAAGCGAUGGUGGAAAAUGCUUGUGCCAAAAAUACAUCCCAAUAUUUCCUGAUAACCCCAAAAUUAUUGACAGAUCUACAUUACCAUGAAAGGAUGAGAAUACACUGUGUGUUUGCUGGAUCUUGGAUACCAGACCCAAGUAUUGAUUCAGAACGUGUCCAUUAUGGUGAGAUCACGAACUAUACGUUUUAG